AUGGCGGCACGGUUGUGGUCUGUGCAUAGCCAUAGUGGGCAAUUUUGCAGCCAUGCCCGUGAUUCGCUUGCGGAGAUUGUGCACACCGCUCACGAGCGCGGCUUUAGUCACUAUGGCCUGAGCGAGCACAUGCCUCGAGCAAACCCAGCCUUUCUGUAUCCAGAGGAAAUUGAGGCUGGGCUAGGCCCCAAGGAACUGGCAGAGCAGUUUGAAUCGUACGUGCAAGAAGCCCGCCGGCUUCAGCAAGCCUAUGCAGGACGCUUGUCUAUUGCCGUGGGCAUGGAAACCGAGUUUUGCGAGCCAGGCAGCCUAAAAGCUGCGCGUGAGCUGCGGCAGCAACACAAUCUAGACUACAUUGUUGGGAGUGUUCACCACGUCGAUGGCAUUGCUAUCGACUUUGAUGCAGCACAAAUGGCGCGUGCUGAACAGCAAGCAGGUGGACCCACGGCGUUGGCCGUGCGCUAUUUUGAGCACGUGCGCACCAUGAUCGAGGCACUGCAGCCCACGGUUGUCGGGCAUUUUGACCUCUUCCGUCUUUUCCGAGGCGAGAUUCCGCUGACAGGACCCGUGCUAGAUGCGGCACUCCGUGCCCUGACCGCGGGCCUGGAGCAUGACUGCAUCUUCGAGAUUAACACCUCAGGCCUCCGCAAGGGUCUCCCCGGCCCCUAUCCCCACGCCGAUUUGCUCAAGAUGAUGCUGGAGCGUGGCGCCCGCCUUACCAUCAGCGAUGAUGCUCAUGGCACGGCCCAGGUCGGCACCAACUACGGGCGCCUACGCCAGUAUCUCCUCGAUCACGGCGUGACGGAGCUACACGUUUGGCGCGCGGAUGACGUGCGCACCUGGACACGCGUCCCAGUCGUCGGCUGGACCGACGAUCCAGCCUGGUCCGCUCUAUAA